CUCACGGUGUGCAACCACGAGUACCACUUCCAAUGCGUCCUUGAAUGGGCCCAGCGUCGAGAGGAGUGCCCCAUGUGCUGGCGCAAGCUGGCACUGCAAGAUGAAACCUGUCAGGAGCUGCUGCUAGCGUGCUACAGGGAGAAAGAAAUCCAAGCAGCAGAGCAGCGCGCGGCAGCAGCAGCGGCAGCCGCUGCAAUUGCAGCAUCAGUGGUAUCAGUGCGGGGAGCGGCAGGUCGGGGAGUAGCAAGCCGGGGAGUGGCAGCAAGGGGGGUGGCCGUGAGGGGUCAGGCGAGGCAGGGGGCUCAGCCCAUGGGGACAGGGGGGUCGUCGUCCUCCCCCUCCUCUAUUCCGGCUCCCUCCCGCCAUCGCCAGCAGCAGCAGCGGGAGCAGAGGGAGCAGCGGCAGAGCAGCAGUCAGGUAUGUGUGAAGGUGUGGGUAGGCGUGACAUUCAAAGGGGUUGGACUUCAAGAAAAACGAGUGGCAGCAGCAGAGGGAGCAGCGGCAGAGCAGCAGUUUGUUGUGGUGGUGUGUGCAGGCGUGACAUUCAUUGGUUGGGCUUCAAGCAAGGGGAAUGGCAGUGAGGGGAGUGGCAGCAAGGGGAGUGGCAGCAGGGGGAAUGUCAGUGAGGGGAGUGGCAGUGAGGGGAGUGGCAGCAAGGGGGGUGGCCGUGAGGGGGCAGGCCACAGUCACAUCGGGCUCGCCUGCUCGCCUGUAGAUCGCUGGCUGCCCUCCUCCCUCCUCUCCUCCCUCCGCCACGCCACCUCCACCUCCUCCUCUUCCUCUCGUGGUCUCUCCGGCUCCUCCCCCCGCUCCUUCGCUCUCUCCUUCAGCCCUCACAGACACCGCUCCUCGCGCUCCGCCUCCCCUUCCUCCUCCUCUACUAUCCCCACCACCACCACUACCACCUCUUUUUCUUCCUCCUCCUCCUCUGCCUCUCUUUCAGCAGCACUCGCCGCUUCUUCCUCCCCAUCCGCCUCUGCAUCCGCCCCAUCAGCCUCAUCACCAUCCAUUGCAACUUCUCUUGCUGUCACUGCUGCUGCUGCCACACCCUCUGAUGCCACCUCUGCUGCUCUCUCUGCUGGUACCCUUGCUAAUCCUGCAUCUUCUGCUGCUGCUGCUGCUACUACCUCUGCUACUCCUACCGCCUGUCCCUUCACCUCUCCCCCUAUCCCAUGUUAUCGUGCCGACCCUUCAGUCCUCGCAGCAGAGGCAGCAUGCUCCCCGCCCAUCUUCUCCCUCUCGCCCUCCUUGCGCCCACGCCCGCCCUCCGCCCUCUCCUUCUACCCACCUGAGACCUCUUCCUCAGGAGAAAACAACAGAGGCUGCAGCCUGUCAGCAGGUGCUCUCCCCUUGGAUACCCCUCUAGGAGCUACUGUUAGCUGGAAUGGAGUGCUCCCCAUGAAUUCUUCUGGCUCUGAGACAGGAGAAACCCCUCCUCAAAACAGAAGCGGGGUCCUUUAUACAGAGCUCGGCUCUAAUCUCCACUCCUCAUCUAGCCACGGAUCAACUUCCCAAGCCUCCUCCUCUAGGUUCGGCAAUGAAGGGCAGGAAGGGCUGAAGCUGGUGCUGGCAGGUUCGGAGCAGCAAGGAACGGCUGGGGGGAGGUUUCAGGGGGCGGGGCUUGGUGCAAUCGUGACAGGAGUGGGUGUUCAAAGCGUGAGCAUGGUUACAAGUCCACCCCCUUUUAUCGGGGAAGAGGCUGCUACAGCCCCGGCUGCUACAGCCCCUGAUGUUGGUGCAGGUGGUGGCACUGCGAUUGGGAGCAUGGAUAUGGGUCCACCUCCUUUUAUUGGUGAAGAAGCUGCUACAACCGCUGCCACAGCCCCUGCUACAACCGCUGCCACAGCCCCUGCUACAACCCCUGGUGCUUCCACUGCCACUGCCACUGCUACAACCUCUGCUACGACCCCUGCUCCACCUCCUUUUGCUGUGGAAGCGCCUGUUGCGGCCCUUGCUACGGGUGCUGCUACAGCCCCUGCUGCUACAGCCCCUGCUUCUUCCAGCUCUAUGGACGAUCACGUUCCGCCUUUCCCUCGGGGCUGCCAGCCCCAUGCCAUCCUCUCCUCCCUCAAAUCCCGCCUCACUUCUAGCCUCACCCCUCGGUACGUCUCCUUCCCUCCUCCCUCCCACCUCUAA